AUGGCAAACACGGCACCCAAAAUCGCCGGGCUCGAGCGUAUCGAGAAUCUCGAUGUGAUCGAUCGCAAGGCCGAAACACUUGCGGGCCAUAUCCGGAAGGCAAAGCACAUGAUCGCGUUCACCGGAGCUGGUGUCUCGACGUCUGCCGGCAUCCCGGACUUUCGAGGCCCCGAUGGCGCGUGGACGCUUCGGGCCCAAGGGCGGGAGCGCACCGGGGAGACGACGAGCACGCUGCAGGCCAUCCCGACGCUGACACACAUGGCAUUGGUCGAGCUCCAGAACCAGGGCAUCCUGAAAUACCUCGUCAGCCAAAACUGCGACGGCCUGCACAGGAGAAGCGGCAUGCUGCCCGAUCGAAUCUCCGAACUGCACGGCAACAGCAACCUCGAGUACUGCCGUGACUGCGGCAAGGAAUAUCUCCGCGACUUCCGCGCCGUGUCCACGUACGAAAAGUCCAUCCGCGACCACCGCACCGGCCGCAGGUGCGCCUCGUGCCACGGCGUCCUGCUCGACACGAUCAUCAACUUUGGCGAGACCCUCUCGGCCGCGACGCUGCAGCGCGCGCGAGACCACGCCGCCUCGGCAGACCUCUGCCUCGCCCUCGGCUCGUCGCUGACGAUCCCCCCGGCCUGCGAGAUCCCCGAGGCGGUGGGCCGGCGGCGCUUCAGCGACCUCGUCAUCUGCAACCUGCAAGCGACGCCGCUGGACGGGCUCGCGCGCCAGCGCGUCUUCGCCCGGACGGACGACCUCAUGGCGGCCGUCAUGGCCAAGCUGGGGCUCGCGAUCCCGGCGUUUCGCCUGCGCAGGCGUCUCGUCGUCGGGCUCGAGACGACGGGCGACGAGCGCCAUGUGCUGCGCGUCAGGGGGGUUGACGUUGACGGCACGCCGGCGACGUUUCUGCGGUCGGUCAGGGUUGCGCAUGCGCGGCGGCCUGCGCGGACGGAGCCGCAUGUCAUCCACUUCAACGCGCGGCUGCCGGUUGGCGCGCCGCUGAGCAUCGAGCUGGAGUUUAUGGGCCAUUACGGCGAGCCGAGUUUGGAGAUUGCGCACGAGUACAAUGGGGUUCAGGAUGGGGAUACGCGGUACGGGCUGGAGUAUGACCCCGAGAGCGGACAGUGGGCGACGAGCGUGUUGAUGAGGGGGGUGUAG